AUGUAUGUCUCCAUCACGGUCUGGACAGGCUUGCUAUACACCUUGACGCAGGUACAUGCAUCAUCACCGACCCUGGCGAAUCGGCCAUGGCUAGAUCCAACACUGCCAAACGAACAGCGAUUGCAACUUUUCCUCGACCAGUUGAACAACACCCAAAAAUAUGCUAUGGUACAAGGCGAUACCGAGCUCGAUGACAACGGAACUGGAGUCAACCCUUGUAUAGGACACAUUUCUGGCAAUGAGACUCUCGGGGUACCCUCAAUUUGCAUGGGAGAUGGCCCAGCUGGGGUUGGAAACAACUUGAACAACGUCACCGCCUUCCCGGCCCCAAUCGCCGCCGCGGCUUCGUGGAACACUACCCUCGAGUACGCUUAUGGCCAAGCAUUAGCCCAGGAACAUAUGGCAAAGGGCCGCAAUGUCGUUCUCUCACCGACUAUCAACAUCCUCCGGUCGCCACUAUGGGCCCGCGCAGCCGAGACCUUCUCAGAAGAUCCAUGGUUGACCUCUCGAAUGGCUGUGGCGGGUGUCCUCGGCGUCCAGAGUCAAGGAGCUUUAGCUUGUCCCAAGCAUCUUGCUGGGUACAACCAAGACACAAAUAGAUUCGGGGUGGGCCCUGAUUGGGAUACCGUUGACGUCCACAUCGACGAUCGGGUUCUGCACGAGCUUUACCUGCCUGCUUUCAAGGCGUCUGUUCAAGAGGCAGAUGCCGCUUCUAUAAUGUGUUCUUACAACAAGCUGAACGGCUUUUUCGCUUGCGAAAAUGACUGGCUUCUGAACACUACAUUGAGACAACAGUGGGGGUUUCAAGGUUUCGUUGUCGCUGAUUGGUACUUCUCCACACGAAGCACGGUUGGCGCUGUAAUGGCUGGUCUAGAUAUCAGCAUGCCUGGAGGUUCUCUCGAGGAUUCAUAUGGAUUCCCAGCCUACUACGGAGACCUUUUGGUUGAGGCUGUCGAAAAUGGGACCAUACCAGCGUCGCGCAUCGACGAUAUGGUUGCAAGAACGUGGCGGUAUAUGUUCAAGCUUGGAAUGGUCGAUAAUCCAGUCACUGGGGAUGCAGAGUCGGUGGCAAGAACACAGUCCCACCUUGACCUGGCUCAAAAGAUGGCAGAGGAUGGCUCUGUUCUUCUCAAGAACGACGACAAUACGUUACCUCUCUCGCCACAGAAGUACAAGCAUGUUGCCGUAUACGGUGUUGACGGGACCAACCAAAGCCAGGUUACUGAGAACCACGGCGGCUUCGUCAUUGACACGACAAUGGUAGUGCAGUCGCCUUUCGACGCAUUGAAGCAACGAGCUGGCAAAGAAGGCAACAUGACAGUCACUUAUGCUGAGGCCUAUCCUGGUACCGGGCAAUUUCCAACGGUGCCUUCUAGCAUGUUCGUCGACGGUGGUCUGAAUGUCACAUACUACACGACUACAGACUUCUCUGGACCCAUCAACCAAACCGACUUUGUACCUAACAUCACCGCAGCCUCAUUCCCCAAGGAGCUCUGGGUAUCAUGGCCCCAGGUGUUUUCCUGCGUCUAUGAAGGCACUUUCAAAGCUAACACAAGCGGGAUGUACCAUUUCUCCCUAACCGGUCAAGGAGACGCCAUACUUCACAUCAACGGACAAGUCAUCGCCAACAUGUCGAAAGCGAACUUUGGAAACAUUGUUCAAGGUAUCGCGAACUUGACAGCCGGAGAUGAAGUUUCCCUGGCCCUGAACUAUUCCAUGGGCUACUCGUUAUCCACUGGCGCAUACGGUGUCACACUGGGAGUCGAUGUAGGCAACGAAGCAAGAGACGAAGAAGCAACUUCACUAGCAGAAAUUGCUGAUAUCAGCAUUAUCUUCGCGUCCGAUAGGCAUUCCGAAGGUGUUGAUAGCAACAUUGGUCUUUCUCUCCCCGGCGACCAGGACGCAGUCAUCUCUCGGAUCGCCAAACGUUCGAAGAAGACAGUGGUAAUCCUCAACACCAACUCGGCCGUUCUCAUGCCCUGGAUCGAUGAGGUCGAUGCCGUGAUGCAGUCCUGGUAUGGAGGCCAGCAGAUUGGCCUGGCGCUUGAAAGACUGCUGUUCGGUGAUGUCAGUCCGAGCGGCAAAUUGCCGGUGACAUUCCCCAAGACACUGGAUGACGCUAUCAAGAUCACGGCAGAUCUUGUUGUACCCUACGAAGAAGGGCUGAACGUUGGCUACAGGUGGUACGAAGCGCACAAGGUCGAUCCGCUGUUCUCAUUUGGCCAUGGACUCACAUACUCGACGUUCGAACUGGGCAGUCUUGCUGCGCGUCUCGCAAACUCUACCGCCACGUCUGGCUCUGAGCGCAUAAUUUGUGCUGCGACUUUGACAAACACUGGCGCCGUCUCUGCAUCGGAAGUGGUUCAGCUUUACGUGUCCUAUCCGGAGGCAGCGCGUGAGCCUCCCAAGCUGCUCAAAGCAUUUGCUAAAGUGCACCUCGGGGCAGGUCAGAGUACAGAUGUUCUUCUGGAGGUGCUUAUGGAUGAUUUGAGGAUCUGGUCCGAGCAGAAGAAAGACUGGAAUUUUGUACAUGGCGAGUAUCACUUCCUUGUCGGAUUCUCGGCGAGCGAUAUUAAGGUAGAGGGAAAGAUAGUUCUUUAA